UUCACAGACUAAGAUUAGAUUUUGCCCAUAUAUCUAAUAAUUGAAUAGAAUCCUUUUCUCCUGUAGAAAUGAGCCUCUUUUGAUUAGAAAGCUUCUGACUUUCUAAUGAUAUGGCCUCAUAUGUGUUUUAGGGCACAAAUCUUUGAGUCAGCUCAAAGUCCAGAUUCCCGUUAUCUAAAUCAGAUCUAGGUGAAGAUGAGGCUCCUUUGGUGUAGUUCCUGAAGCACCAAUCCUCAAGUACAGUUCCUGUCAAUUUAUAGACAUAUGAAACAAACGACACAAGAUACCUUCCUCGACACACUCAGAAUACAAUGUAAGACAGGCAUGUUAUAACACCAUAGUCAUUCCUGUUCAAAAAGAGGAGAAAAGGGUGGCACAGAGGACUGUCUGGUCCACAGCAAUAAUGACUUCCAGUCUGGCAGAUGUUGGAAGUUGCUUGAUUAUGUCCUCAGAAUAAUUCACCAUGGAUUUUUGUCUCAGCUUUUGGUUCUGCCCACUGGAUCACUUUUCCAUUUUUAUGAAAAGUAGCAAGGGUUUGCAGCUGAGUAGUACUUUCAGGCUGUUUCCUACCUGUACAAGUCUGGGCUCCAAAUCCUCUCUUCAUUCUGUAAUGCCUCUGUCCCCCUCAGUCCAAGAAGCUCACCUCCAGCUACCAAAAUCUGUAUUAGUUAUCAAUUGAUGUGUGACCAGGUAUCCAAAACUAGAAGCUUAAAAUAACAUCUAUUAUGUCACAGAUUCUGUAAGAAUUCAGGCACAAGUCUGAUAGGUGAGUCUGGCUCAAACUCCUUCAUGAGUUUACAGUCAAGCUGCGGGCCAGAGCUGUAGUCUCAUCAGCAGGCUGUACUUGUUGGGAGUGAUCACAUCAAUCUCCCUUACGUGGUUAAUGGCAAGCUUCAUUCUCUCACCACAAGGAGGCCCCACCACAUGGCAGCUGGCUUGUCCCAGGGAUAGUGAGCCAAAAGACAAGAAGCAAAAGUGUCCAAGACGAAAGCCAUGGGCUUUUGUAACCUAAUAUCUGAUGUGACAUAUUAUUGCUUCUGCCAUAGUCCAUUCUUUAAAGGCAUGUCAUAUUCCACUGGGGCUCACAAAUUAUGUAGCCGGUCCUGUUUUCCAGUGAUAAGUAACAGACAUGUGCAAGACUAAAGCUUCAAAACUUCUUGUGAAUGCUCUCUGUUUCAUCAGUAAGGAAUACUCUCCCCCAUUAUUCUCAUUCCUUUCUAGGGGAACGAAAUCAGGUAAGCAAAAUUUUUCUUUUAUUGAGGUAACAUUGGUUUAUAACAUUAUAUAAAUGUCAGGUGUACAUCAUUAUACUUCAAUUUCUGUGUCGACUACAUCACGUUGACCAUCCAAAGACUAACUACCAUCCAUCACCAUAAAUUUGUGCCCUAAAAAUCCUACUACACAUACCUAAUAUGUGUGUAAAUAUCAAAAAGAGAGCUGAGUAAUCAUGGAACCAAGUGUGCAGUUGGAAACUGUUACACAUCCUAUAUUCCACCAUGCAUAGAGUAACUAGAAUAGGAUCCUAAGUAUGGGACGCAAAGAGAAGCAAUGGUUGGUGAUGUCAGGAAUGUGGCCAUGGCAUCUAUCACUUUCAGUUUAUUUGGCAUCACAAUGGCAAUGGCAGAUGAUAUAGCACUGAGUCCUGCAGAAUAAUGAAAAGUCUUGUUGCAGAAAAGCAAAGGAAAGGACAGAUGGUGCUAGUUGCCAGGAGUUUGAAUUUUAGUCAUAGCCCUUUUGAGAGUAAGCAGAGCUGUGAUGAUAACACCAUGUAUAGGUCAUGCAUGAAGAUUCACACUCUGCCAUUAAACACUGCCUCCCUAUCCCACUACCACAUACCAUACAAUUUGCAUAUUUCUCCUAUAUGUAACCAUGUCCCAACAUCUCUGAGGCCAUACAAUGUAUCCUGUUCAAUUGAUGAGGAAACUGACUAUACCUGAAGUCAGGCCAAGGCUAUGGGCUCCCAGGCUCAGCACCUCAACUUCCUGCUCCUCUGGAUCACUGAUACCAGGGCAGAAACAACACUCACACGGUCUCCAGCAUUCCUGUCAGUGACUCCAGAAGACACAGUCGCCAUCAGCUGCAAAGCCAGCCAAGACAUUGAUGAUGGUUACUUAGCCUGGUACCAGCACAGACCUGGGCAGGUCCCUAAGGCUCUCAUUUAUCUCACCUCCACCCUAAUUAAUGGGGUGCUCACCCAGUUCAGUGGCAGCGAGUCUGGGACAGACUUCACUCUCACCAUCGGAAGACUGGAGCCUGAGGACUUUGUAGUCUAUUACUGUCUCCAAACCCUGAAGAGCCCUACCUGGAAUCCCUCACUGUGGCUUACUUUCGGCCAGGGGACCAAGCUGGAGCUCAAACGGAAUGAUGCUCAACCUUCUGUCUUCAUCUUCCCACCAUCUUCCGAGCAGUUAAAGACUGGAAGUGCCUCUGUCGUGUGCUUGGUGAAUGGCUUCUACCCCAGUGACGCCAGUGUCAAGUGGAAAGUGGAUGGCAGUGACAAAACCACUGGCAUCCAGAACAGUAUCACAGAGCAGGACAGCAAGGACAGCACCUACAGCCUCAGCAGCACCCUGACGCUGUCCAGUACAGAGUACGAAGUUCAUAAUACCUACGCCUGCGAGGUCACCCACAAGACCCUGAGCUCUGCCCUGGUCAAGAGCUUCAACAGGAAAGAGUGUUAGAGAGAGAGGCCCCCAGGCCCAUUGCCUGUGCCUCAGUCACAGCAUCCCUCCUCCCCCACCCAGGCCUCGGCCCUUUUCCCACAAGAGACCUACCCUUAUUGCAGUCCUCCAGUCUCUCUCCCACCUCCAUCCCCUUCCCCCUCUUUGGCUUUAAUCAUGCUAAUAUUUGGGGGAAAAUGAAAAAAUAAAGUGAAUCUUUGCACCUGUGA